AUGCGCACGCUGGCACUACGUGGCCGGUAAAACAACCACGCGUAUCUUAGACUUUGACUAUUGCCUCUCUCCUCCUCGCUCACACCGGUUUUCUGCUGAAUCCUCUGUUUUUCCUCUUCUUAAACUGAAGGCGCUCAUGUGUUGGCUUAGUUGCAGCUUGGAUUGCGAAUUACUGAGCUGAGGGUUUGCUAUUGCUUUUGAAGUUUGCGUUUUGGACUUAAUAAUAUGGACAAGUUGAAACUAUCUCAAUGGGGGGAACGGUUGAAGACAGGUGGGGCUCAAAUGAGUCGUCUUGUAAGUGAUAAGGUGAAGGAAAUGCUGCAAACUCCUACACCCGAAUCUAAGAUGGUUGACGAGGCCACAAUGGAAACAAUGGAGGAGCCAAACUGGGGUAUGAAUUUGAGGAUAUGCGCAAUGAUCAACUGUGAAGAGUUUAAUGGGACCGAGAUUGUUCGUGCCAUAAAAAAGAAGAUUUCAGGUAAGAAUUCGGUGAGCCAGAGGCUGAGUCUUGACUUGCUGGAGGCAUGUACUCUGAAUUGUGAGAAGGUAUUCUCUGAGGUGGCAUCUGAGAAGGUAUUGGAUGAGAUGGUUAAGAUGAUUGAGAAUCCACAAACAGAUCAAGGAAAUAGAGAUAGAGCUUUGCAAUUGAUUAGAGCUUGGGGACAGUCUGAAGAUCUCGAGUAUUUGCCUGUCUUUCACCAAACAUAUGUGAGUUUGCAAGGAAGAAGUGUGCCUCGGUCAGUUGAAGAUGGGGAUUCACCCCCCAUGCAUUAUUCCUUGGAAUCAUUUGUUCAUCAGCAACCACUGUCUCCUCCUGAAAGAUAUCCUAUUCCUGACUCAGGAUUUGAUGAUGAAAACCAUGCUACUUUGGGAUAUAACAGUGGGACCCUAUCAGUUGAAGAAAAGAAUGAAUGUCUUGUAACAACUCGGAACAGCUUUGAACUUCUGUCUAGCAUUUUGAAUGCUGAUACUGAACCAAAACCCAUUAAGGAGGAUCUGACAGUGGGCUUAUUGGAGAAGUGCAAGCAAUCACAGAUUGUCAUACAAAGGAUCAUAGAAACCACCAAUGAUGGUGAGGCUAUGCUAUUUGAAGCACUUAAUCUCCACGAUGAGCUUCAACAGGUCAUCUCCCAAUAUGAGGCGCUGGAAGCUGGCCUAAACUCCGGAGAGCAGCUGCCUGGGGGUUCUGAUAACACUAAGGAUGAUUUGCCUGCUCAGGUUGUACAUAAUAAUGAAACCAAGACAGCAGAUUCCACAAAAGGAGACGAAUGAAAAGUUGGGAUUUGGAAGGUUUUAUGCAGGUUUCCCUUGUAUCUUACUCCUUUUCGAAUUGGUUGUUUUUCCCUUGUUGCAGUGUACGGAAAACAGCUAAUAAUAGGGCUAUUGUAAUUAUUUAUGAGCCUUUGUAACUAAGUUUACUGUGCUUGUCUCCUUUCAGCCUAUUAGCAAGUUAUUGUUUAUAGGUCCUAGUGGUCGGGUCAGUUUUCCUUUGCCAUCAGACUGUGAGUCUGUUAUAGCAGGUGUUGCAUUUUAAUCAUCUUGGUGUUUUCAUGACACCAAACGGAACAGAUUAAUCGCAUUAAUCUCUCACUUGUUAUGCUA